GUGACACGCCAAACAUUAGCUCAGGCUAAUAGCACCGUCUGAGUCGUGCGACAACAAUUUAAAGUAAAACUGAACUCGGGCUAAUUACUCGACGCUUUAUGAGACUCACGAUGUCCUUAUACUUAUCUAAGAUUCAGAGCCUCAGAAUAGUGGCUGCACUGGAAGACUGCGCUCACCAGUUGGACUUACUGGGACAUUCCCUGUCGGUGCAGAUCAGCAGGGAGCAAGGCUCCGCAUCCACACAGGAGAAAGACAGGCUGGUACAGCUCAAAGCAGAUUGUCAGUUCAUCGGCCAUCACAUCACCAAGCUGUGCUUUGAGCUGGAGGACACCCAGAGUUUUGAGUCAAUUCCACAGGCUAUGGAGGAGGAUGAGGCACAGAAAGCAGCCAGGAAGAAAAGAGAGGAUGAAAAAAUGCGGAAAGAGAGAGAACAGGCUCUGCUGAUACAACAACAGGAAAUCGAGGACAAAAAGGAUCAGAUCCACAAAUUGUACCUUCUUUUGAAUGAACUGGAAGGCGAAAGAUCCAAACUGCAGAAGAAAAAGAAGUCAAAAGCCACGAUCCUGUCCACACAAAUGGCCAAAGAGUCGUAUCGGAAGGCUCAGCUGAUGGACCAGCUGGAGCUUCUACAGAAGCAGAUUGAAGAAGAGGCGAGAUUUCACGAGGAGACUGUGAAUUUCCUCCAGACCCAAUACGAGGAGUUUCAACAGAGGCUGCACAAGUGGAAGCAGCAAACAAAGAAGAUGCAGCAGGAAAAGCAGAGCAAGCUGGAUAACCUGGGCUGCAAAAGAACUUUGAACACAGACAAGCUGAUGGAGAUGAGAAGGAUGUUUAAGGAGAUGGAGCGGGUGGUGCUGGAGGACAAGAAGGAGCAAGAGUUGAAUCUCCAACAGGAGGAGGAAGCUAAAGCCGCCACAACGAUCCAGGCCUACUGGAGGGGCACCAUGGUCCGCAGAGGCCUCGGCCCCUUCAAGAAGGUAGAGGAGAAGAAAGGCAAGAAGAAAGGGAAGAAGAAGAAGAAGUGACUUUUUUUUUUCUUUUGACACCAUG